UAUUAACGACUGACAGUUUUACUUCCGGUUGUUGACAAGAUGGAUGCAAGGAAUGCACAAAAGUCAUGGGAAUUGGCAAAUAAUGUCGAAAUUGAUGACAUUUACCGUUACGAUAAGAGACAGCAUCAAGAUAUUCUGACUGCUAAACCAUGGGAGAAAGAUAACCAUCAUUUCAAGCACAUUAAAAUUUCAGCUCUGGCACUUCUAAAAAUGGUGAUGCAUGCUAGAUCUGGAGGUAAUCUUGAAGUGAUGGGUUUGUUGCUAGGCAAAGUUGAUGGUAAUACAAUGAUUGUAAUGGAUGGUGUGGCUCUACCAGUGGAAGGGACAGAAACAAGAGUUAAUGCCCAAGCACAAGCAUAUGAAUACAUGGCUGCCUAUACCGAGUCGGCUAAACAGGUUGGAAGAUUAGAAAAUGCUAUAGGCUGGUAUCACAGUCAUCCUGGUUAUGGUUGUUGGUUAUCUGGUAUUGAUGUCAACACACAGAUGUUAAAUCAACAGUUUCAAGAACCCUUUGUUGCUAUUGUGAUUGAUCCAGUUAGAACUAUAUCUGCUGGUAAAGUUAACAUUGGUGCUUUUAGAACAUACCCUAAGGGUUAUAAACCACCAGAUGAAGGACCAUCAGAAUAUCAAUCAAUUCCUUUAAGUAAAAUAGAAGAUUUUGGUGUACAUUGUAAACAAUAUUAUUCAUUAGAUAUAUCAUAUUUUAAAUCGGCAUUGGAUAGGAAAUUAUUAGAUUCUUUAUGGAAUAAAUAUUGGGUGAACACAUUGAGUUCCUCUAGUUUACUUACAAAUGCUGAGUAUACUACCCAUCAGAUCUUUGAUUUAUCAGAUAAGUUAGAACAAGCUGAAGUACAGCUUGGUCGAGGUAGUUUUAUGGGAAUUGAUUCACAUGAAAAGAAAACAGAAGAUAAAUUAAUGAAAGCUAAAAAGGAUGGAUGUAAAACAACAAUUGAAGCCAUCCAUGGAUUGAUGUCACAAGUUAUUAAAGACAGACUCUUUAAUCAAGUACAUUUGAAUACAUAGAUAAAUUAAUUAUUGUGUAAAAUUUCUUUUCCCUGUGACUUAUUUUCAUCUGGCGUUUUUUUUUUAUAUAUGAUUAUUAAUUUAUGUUAAAAGUCAUCAAAAAGAAUGUAAGAUGCUACUUGAUAUAGCUUAAAGUAUUUUUUAACUAUUAUACAGACACCCAGAGAUAGAUAAUAUUCAGAUGAAAUAAUACCGUAAAAUAAGAAAUUAAUGCAUCAUUAAAUAAAAGUAACCUAAAGUGAGCCAUAUCAUUAAUUUCUUAUUUUACAGUAUUUAUACAUCUCUUCUUAUUUCGAAACAUAAGACUUAUUUUCACCCAUGUUAAAAAAUAAAGAUUGUUGUCUAAAAUAGAAGUUGCUGUAAAUGUAUGUAAGAUUGAUGGAAGUGCUAUUUGUUUAUCAUCAUAUUAAAACAUUGUAUUCUUGUCAUA